AUGCGCGCCGUCGUCACCGCAGAAGGCCACACCGCAGUCGUGAAGGAAGUCCCAACACCGAAACCUGACCCAGGCGAAAUCCUGGUCAGGGUUGUUGCCGUCGCCCAGAACCCGACAGACUGGAAGCAUGUCGAGGGCGUCAACGAGCCCGAUCUCAUCGUUGGCUGCGACUUUGCCGGGGAUGUCGUGCAAGUUGCGGAAGGCGCGGAAGGGUUCCGCGUUGGAGACAGAGUCUCUGGAUUCAUUCACGGGUCGCAGUAUAAGGACAGAGGCGCGUUCGCGGAGUACCUGAGGAACGACUAUGCGCUUUCGUGGCACAUUCCGGACGAGGUGUCUUAUGAAGAGGCCGCCACUAUGAGUGUGGGGUUCUUCACAGCUGUUCAGGCCCUUUUCCACCCGAAGAACCUGAACUUGGUGGGUUAUCCGGACAAAGUGCCCCCCGAGCAUGCGCCAUGGGUUCUGAUCUACUCCGGAGCAACGUCGGUUGGUCUGUACGCGAUCCAACUUGCGCACAUAUCCGGAUACCGCGUCGUGACGACUGCGUCGCCUAAGAACUGGGAUCUGGUCAAGUCAAUGGGCGCCAACGCGGUCAUCGACUAUCGAGAUCCUGAUAUCGUUACAAAAAUCAAAGAUAUUACGGGUAACAGCUUUUCCUUGGGAUUGGACACAGUCGGCACGGUGGAGGGCCAGCAAGCAUCGUUCAAGGCUUUCGGCCCAGCGCCCGGCAAGCUGAUUACGAUCUCGUUCUUGCAUGAGAGCGCUCAAGCGCUACGGAAUGACGUCGAGCUUAAAGGUAUCAUUCUGUAUACUGUAGGUGGUCGCGCCUUCAGGACCUACUGGGGCUGGGACAUACCCGCUGUUCCCGAAGAUCGCCUGCAAGUGGCUGAAUGGAUGCCGAAGAUAACAGAGCUGUUGAAGCAAGGGAAGGUGAAGCCCAAUCCGAUUAAGCUCCUUCCCGGAGGGCUCGAUGCGUUUGGUGACGGCUUCGAGUAUAUGAAGAGCGGUAAGCUAAGCGCGGAAAAGAUUGUGUUCCGUGUCUGA